AUGGCGCCAUGGGGCCGGCCCCUUGAUAUCCUACAUGCUCCGCUUUUGGCACCAGGUGCUGUUUGUGUGGCAUACGAAGUUGAGACCCAAGAUACUAGUCAGUACAAGCAAACUCGACUUAUUGUCUAUGCCAAGAUUUAUACGGUCUCUCUGGUAAUACACCUACGCCGGCGUCGCUUGCUACAGCGAUUUAACGUCCAGGUGAUUCAAGAGCGUAUAACAUACUUUCUCGUAGACUGCGAUAUUGCGCUUCGGGUACUCCGUCAUUUACCCCACGGCCCUCGUCCAAGUCAAGUAUUUGCAAGUGCUUUCCAUGACUGGAUUAUUGGAGAGCACCACCUAGAGGACCUUACAGUUGCUAAGACCCGGAGCAUGCUUAAAUCUCUCAAGCCUCCUGCGUUGCCAUAUCAGCGAUUAGUUAUCUCGAAAGCCCCUGGACCCGACUUCUGA